AUAGACAUUCAAUGACUGCGUUUGCCACAAGGAAAUUGUAUUUUAUUUGGCAACAAGACUUUGACAAUCGAUAUCCUCGAAGACUUGACGACAGCUGUCAAAUUGUUGGCAGACGGCAAUAACAUAAAUUAUUAAUGCAAACAAAUAAUUACGAUUAUUUAAUGUAAUGAGUUUCUUAAGUUCAGUGUAAGAUAGGAAUAUCAAUGCUAAAAUGAAUUCGGAUGAGUCGGACGACGAGCCACUGUCGGUCAUAGCGGCAAAUAAGAAAUUAGAUCCAGAUAAAUAUGAGGAGGCGACGUCAGAUAAUUCCGAGACUCAAAGUAAGAAAAAGAAGAAAUUACCGCCGCCUAAACGGCUGUCCAUCACUAUAAAGCUUCAGAAGAAGAAGGCUGGACAGCAACAACAAGUUAUAGAGCGUCCUGAAGACGUGUGGCUUUACUUAAAAGAUCUCAACCCUUCAGGGCCCUAUAGUUGUUUACUUUGCUCAGAUUGGUUCAUAAACAGAUCGAAAAUUAUUGUUCACUAUGUCCUUAAUCAUAAGAAAGACUUUUGCGGUAUUUGUAGAUAUUUCGUACCUGACAGAGAUUCUUGGUGGAAACAUGUUAAGUUUCAUACUCCUUGGCCUUGCUCACAAUGUGUUCAGAACUUUGAAACAGAAAUAGAGUUACGAAGCCACUUGAAGAGUGUUCAUAAUCUUGUACAUUGUAGACUUUGUCAUUUCCGAGUUAUGGACGGAGAUGCAUAUCACACACAUUUAUUCCAAAAACACAAUGUCUCCAAUGUAUCUAACAAGGACGAGGAAAACUUUUGGGAGUUAGAAUAUGAUGGUACAUCUAACUUCGUUUGUUUACUCUGUACUAAGACUAACAUCGCAACUAGGACAUUCUUCAAUCAUUACAUGGGGUACCACCAUUUUACUCUGAAAUGUUUCACAGCACUAGUGUCAGGCAGAGACCCCCCAUUCUCAGUAUAUGGUGCUGACCUCAGGGCAGAAUUUGUUGAAGAACAACUAAAACAACAUGCUAGGUAUGGCUAUGUUGAUGCAGAAAUUAAGCCCACUGACUGUGCUAUAGAAGCGGAUCCUAAUGACACUAAAGACUUGCUGAAAGUCCUCAUACCAGAAAUAAAGCAAGAAGUUAUGGUCACAGAUGAAGGGAAGAAUGAUGAGACAGAAACAAACAAAGACGAUGAUUAUGAUGAUGUUUACAAAAACUAUAAUGGUGAUGAUGACUUUGAUGUGACCCUAAUGGAGCUGAUAGUUGUUCAAAACUGUUACCAUGACUACAUUAGUGAUAUAUUAUCAGACUACAAUGCUAAAACAUUUUAUGAGCACUCUAGUGUUAAUUACGAGAAGCUUACAACUGAAGUUGCUAUGGAUAUUGUUUGUACGUUGUGCCGUGUUCGGUACAGUACCUUAUCCAAUUUUGUAACACAUAUGUUCAAGAUGCAUUGUGUGAAAUCCUUACCAAUAUUUUCAUGUAGAGUGUGUGCGACUACUUUUGAAUCUCAAGCAGAGUUAGAUAAUCAUACAGCACAUGAAUUGGGUGAUUUUGAAGAUUUAUGGAUUUGUCAAUUCUGUGAUAAGGAGUUUGAUGACAGGGAAGCUACAAGACGGCAUCUCACUGAACACUGGGAAGUAGUAGAAUAUGACAACUGUUUCAGUCCUCACUUAGGCUUCAAAUGUCGAUAUUGUCCGACACUGUUUUGGCAUGAGACUGACAGAGAAACUCAUCAAGUUCGUGCUCAUUUCUUUAAUAAUAAAGAAUCUUAUUACAAGUGUGAGCCUUGUAAUGAAGUUUUCAGUGAUAAGGUAUGGUUUGUCCACCACUACUUAGAAAAGCAUAGCACCCCUGAAAAGGUACCACUGUACUUGCUAAAGUGCACCCUCUGCUGCAUGGUGCUACCAACCAUCGAGGAGAUGAGAACUCACUUCAACUGGGAGCACCCUGAAGCCAGGAAGGUGUUCUGUUCCUUGGACUCAUGUCAGUACAAGCCUUUGAGCCAUAGAAAGUCCUUUAAGCUGCACGUGCGGACGAUGCACACAUCCCGCUCCCGAGCUGAGCGCUCAGUAGAAUGCGCGGUGUGCGGACGUGAGUUCAGCAGCUCGCGUGCAUGCGGUGCUCACAUGUCGCAGGCGCACGGGCCCGGCAAGUUCAAGUGCAAGCUCUGCCGCGAGGUGCUGCACACUAUGGAUGAGCGAAAGCUCCACUACCUUAUCAGUCACCCUGGUCAGCAUCCGUUCGAGUGCACGGAAUGCGGCAAGUCGUUCCAGUACAAGUCGUCCCUGUAUAUGCACAAACAAGAUCAUCUGCCUAACAAGCAGAACUACACCUGUACCUACUGCGGGAAGAUAUUCAUGAAACGGGAUUCAUUCCGUGAACACGUCCAAAUCCACGAAGGUCCUCGUCACGCGUGCUCGUACUGCCCCAUGCGGUUCGUGCAGCGCUCCAACAUGCUGCGGCACGAGCGGCGCCACACGGGCGAGCGGCCCUACGCCUGCCCCCACUGUCCCAGGAGCUUCGCUGACAAGGGCGCUUGUAAUUCUCAUGCUAGGACCCAUCUGAAGGACACCUCGUAUGCAUGUAUGUACUGCGGGAAAACCUUCGUACAGAAGUCCAAGCUUACAUACCACAUCAGGAAACAUACUGGCGAGAACCUAGAGACCUGUCCAGUGUGUUCCAAACUAUUUACAAGCGCUUGUUCCCUGCGUGAACACAUGAAAAUACAUGAGCCUAAGAAAGCAACGGUGAAAUGUCCACUAUGUGAGCGCUUGUAUCAAGACGAGCGCUACAUGCUGCGGCACCUGCGCACGUCGCACACUCGCGCGCGGCACGCGUGCCCGCUCUGCGGCAAGACGCUCACCAGCGCCGCAGGGUUGAGGCAUCACGUUAUCACUCACAGCUCUAUGAAGACUAUCAGGUGCAAAAUGUGUCCAAAAGCGUACUCAGUGAAGAGGACAAUGAUAAAACAUUUCCGACGUCGACACGGAUUCAAGGGCACCGAGUCUAACAUCAAAGAGUAUUACACCAGGCUGGACCCCAGAGAGUGUAACCUUGGCCUCGACGAACCCAUCAUGACCAGUAUUUUUGGACCCCCACAGCGAAAAAUGACAGAUAUCUUAGUAGGAGAUUAUGUUACCCUAACUAAUAUUAACCAAGAGAAAGGAGAUGAAAAGCAGGAAGAAAGUGAGGCAGAAGGAACACAAAAUGAAAAGUCGGAAUCUGAAGAUGAACAGUCAAGAGAUAGUGAAAAGGAUUCAGAUGACAAUGAGAAUGAAGAAAAGAAAGUAACCAUUAAAGUAGAGGGCAAAGAAGAAAGUGAACAAAAUGAUCAAGAGUUAGAACCUACUGAUUUUGUUAGUGUUAAAAUCGAACCCAUGGAUGAUGAACUUCAUGAGAAUGUGUAGUUCAAACUAGCCGAUUGUUGUAUAGACGAUAGCACACAAUUGAGAAUUAAUGCUUCUAACGAUGACGCUUGGAGCCCUGUAUGACCUAUAACGUAUUUUUGAUGUGCGGAAUAUGUCCGAAAAACCGCUGUUAUAAUCUAAUUAAUGAGGCGAAAAGAAGGCGUGGUUAAGAAAAUAACUGAAUUUUGAAAAGAAGAAAUAUAGGAUUAUUAGUAAAUGUGUAUUUAUAGAAUAGUAAAUAGAGGUCUUGUGUAAUACCUAUAGGAAUUUAUAGAAAGUAAUACGUUAUGAGAUGUUAUAAGUUUUAGCACGUUGUAAAUAUGUAACUGAUAUUAGUGUGUAAGUACAGUUUUUUUUCAUCAGUUUUAUGGCUAGUACUGUAUGCUAUUUGAGAAUAGAUGAGUGUUGUCGGUUUAAUAAAGUAAUUUUUACUGUUCAAA